AUGCUCUUCCCAAUGUACACGGUGUCCUCAGAGGUUUUGUUGCGCAUGACGAAAGUUCAGCCACACGAGGAUCUCAAGGCCCUGGACAUGCUCAUCGUCUUCGAUGGCACACAAGGCAAAGCUGGUUUCGUGUCCCAUCAGUGGGCGGCCUCGCAGCACCCGGACCCAGACAUGAAGCAAAUGAAGGUCCUGCAAGAUGCCUUACGCCAUCUCCUGCUAGACACUGGCCUCGUGCCCCUGGAUGUGUCCACAGAAGCUGCGGUGCUCUCUGCCAGGGCAAUUUCAUUGAAAGCAUUUCAAUUAGAGCCUCUGCUUCUAUGGUAUGACUACUUCUCCUGUCCACAGCUGGAACGGUCCGCAUCUGCGGAGGGCAAUGACCGAGGGAAGGCCAUUCAAAGCAUCCCAGCCUACAUCGGCAAAUGCCAUUUCUUUUUCGGUCUGGUUCCGUUCAUGGAGGACUCAGUCCUGUCUCCGAGCAGCUGGGGCCAGCGCGGAUGGUGCAGAAUGGAAAGAGUGGUGCGAGAGAUCUCCGCAGACCACGCCUGGAUCUUGGUGAAAAGUGCCACUUCCUUGGAAAUAGUUGGGGCAUCGUUGUCAUUUCCCAUGGCGCCCGUGGGCACUGGUGUUUUUGGAGUGGAGGACGACCGCGACAAGCUUGGCCCUGUACUCCAAAGCGUUGUGAGGAGCAAGCUGCAUCACUGCCUCAAAACGACAGACCUGCCAGCGUACCGACGCAUUCUCAAUCUGCAGCCCUUCUACUUCCGCGGCUUGACAGUUGAGUGUGUGGAGGACCUCGUGCCCGGCUUCGACCCUAUCCCUUCACUCGACCAACAGGCCUACAUCGUUGCCAAGUUCUUGCACGAGAACGGCCUGCGUUGCGUGCGCGAAGUCGACAGGGCGGGGUGGACUUCGCUGCACUACGCUGCCCUUGGUGGCAACGCGGAGCUGCUUGCCGCGUUGCUGCAACAGGGUGCUGAACCCAAUCGGCGGACUGCCAAGGAUGAGCCCAAUCUGGGAGUUGCCAUCUGGACGUCAGCUCUCGACCCUCGCUUUCGGUUUCAGCACGACCCCGGACAGUAUGCUACCGUACGGGACGACAGCUUGUUUCUUUGUAGGUGCUUUGUCCUGGGCUUUUCAACCAAUCCAAUACUAUUUGAUGGGUUCCUUUUUACAAUUACGUACAAUGGGCCCUAA